AUGCUUUGAACACUAAAAGAAAGCUACAUGUUAUUUUUCUUUCACCCUUAUCUUCUAUAUACGAAUGCAAGUAUAUGCUCUUACGAAAUGUUUUAGUUUAGAUUAAAUACUCACCGUAUACUUCCUCCCCGGCAUUCUCUACAUGAAGGACUCGGUGACACCACCGCUCCCCUCGUCACCGCUGCACCGCCGCCGCAUAUGUUAUUUCGUCCGCCGCCACAUCUGUUAUUUCGUCCGCCGCCGCUGCAACUCGGAUUAUCAACUUCUUCUAUUUUCUUCUUUUUCAAACCGCCACCGUCCCCUCUCCUCCUAGGUUUCGAUCGGAAGGAAGAUUUAAACUCUGAGCUGCUAGAAUGUCGUCUUUGGCCAGAUCCGUCGAUUUUUUCGGCCAGAUCUGCCGUCGUCUUUGAUGUAGCAGAUGUCACAGGUGUCGGAUCUGUCGUCCAUGAUGGACGGCGGCUACAAUUUGGGACCACCAGUGCCGGAUCUUCCAUUUUGGUGGCCGACGACUCUGAUUUGGUGCUUAUGCUUCUGGUGGGGGUGCGACGAGCGUUCCAUGGUGGUGGGGGUGGGGGUAAGGCGGCCAAGCUUUUGGGCGAUCUGGUCUGGGGGAGGACGGGGGGAGGGGCAGGGAAAGGGGCUGGACGACUGGUGACCGGAAAUGGGGCCGGGGAUCGGGGAGGGUUUUGGGCGUUGGGAAAGUGGAUCAGAUGGCGGUGGCCGGAAAGUGGCGGCGAUUUACGGAGUUGGACGGACAGUCACUUUUGGUGGUGGGUGAGCAGUCACUUUGACUGGGGUCACAGUGACCGGUGGGUGGACGCGCAGUCACUUUCGCCAUGUGCGGCGGCAGCCACUGGCAGGACGGAAUCACUGUAGCGGCACUGUCACUAACGGCGGAGUCACUGUGGCGUCAUUGUUGCCGGAGUCACCGAGACCGGAGUCACUUUGGUGGCAGUCACUGUGGCCGGAGUCACUUUGGUGGCUGUCACUAUGGCCGGAGUCACUUUGGCCGGCGGCAGCGGUGGCGCCGGUGCCGCCGCCGGCGGCAAUGGUGGUGCUGGGGUCGGUGGCCUGGAGGUGCUAUAAAGGAAUAAUUAAAAAUAAAUAUAUGGUUAAUUAUAAGUAGUAAAUGACUUUUAGUCACAUUUUAAGAAAAAUUUAAAACAAGUCAUUUUUUUAUCUUUUUCAUUUAUGUUAGUAAUAUUGGAAUAAAAAGGCCAAACCUAUCAUAUUUCCAAAUGAUUCUUUUUAACUAAGGAACACUGGCCGGACAUAUGUACUUUAUUUCAAUUUUGUGAUUAAAUUUUUAUCCUUUCAAAACAAAUUAAUUAGUUUUCUUUCUCUCUUAAUCCUUAUUCGUGCACUUUUUUCUUUUCUUCAACUAAAAUCACAACAAAAAAAUUAUUAUGUUUUGUAAUAUCUUUUUCACAUUCAUUUUUUUGUGUAAUAAACUUUUAUAUGCAUACACUUUUUAUCGCUUUUAUAUGUUUUUAGAGGUUCUUAAGACAUUGACUAUAUUUAUUUUGAUUUAUGGAGAUACAUUUGAUAAUAUACGAAGUUACAUCUUCUUAUGCCCAA